GAUUCCCGGUCAGCAUCUCCUUUCCUUUUCUAAGUAGUUUGGCACUUUGCUUGGAUUGUUUUAUUGUGCACGCCGUGAACCAUCACCUCCUCUCCACCCGCAGCCAUCGCGAAAUGAAACUCGGUCUCGUCGUCCAGGCUGCGGUGGCGCUUUUCCUGCUGCUCUCACCUGCACAGAGUCUUCCCCUGUCGAGCAAAAGCAACACAACUGGAGUGUUGAUGUUCCAAGAAGUGUGGCGUCGCAGCUUCUGCCAGACCAUCGAGAAGCUCGUGGAGGUGGUGCAGGAGUACCCGUCCGAGGUGGAGCACAUCUACAGCCCCGCCUGCGUGCCGCUGGUGAGGUGUGCGGGUUGCUGCGGGGACGAAAACAUGGAGUGCCACCCAACUCACACCACGAACGUCACCAUGCAGCUGUUGAAAAUCAGGCCAUCAGAGCCGGGUCAGGAAUAUGUUGAGAUGACGUUUGUGGAGCAUCAGAAAUGUGAAUGUAGAACGAAGAAACCUAUUGUGACUGUUGAAAGGAGAAGACAAAGAGGAAGAGGAAGAAAGAGGAAGGAGAAACAGAAAACGAAAGAAUGUGACAGCUGCCAGAACCCACGCCGGUAACUGCAGUGGCGGUCAAACCACACCCCCUCCCAAAACCCCCGUUGCAGUGUGGCUCGCUAUUUAUUUCCCACCACAGUGACAGCAUCCAGAGUCUCCUCCGUAGCCAGAGACUCAAAGAGCCGGGUUGUUUUGCUGACGUGACCUCCUCCUGCUGACGGGCAGCGCAUUCGUAAUGACAAGCUUCGAGCAGAAGUGUGCUUUGAUGGGUGGAAACACUGCUGUGACCCCUGACACAACGGACGUCCCUGGGAGCCAGUGCAAUGUCGAACCAAACAGACCGACGCCUUCUCAUUUUUAUCAGUUAUUACUGUAUCAGCUAUUGUAAUUUGGUAUUUAAAGGUGGUUUUUAAUCUAUAUUUAUUGAUACAGCGGAAUAUAAAUGGACUAGCAACCUUUUAAAAGUUUGUCUUCAAACAUUAUCCAUAAGACAACUUGACUUGUCAUGGCAACAAAUGUGUGCAGCUGCUUUGCACAUUUAAACAAAUAAUUAAAUGUCUCCCUCUAGUGUUUAAAACUGCUCUAUAAUAAUAAUAAUAAUGCACUUAUUUUAGACUUUAGGACAGUAUUGUACGUCACAAUCACUUCAUCAGCUUAUUGGAUUCUUAUACUAUUGAUAUGAUAGAGGUAACUUUCCCUCUGUAGCGCCAUGUGACCUGGCAUGACUAUAAAGUGUUUACUUUCAAGGACAAUGUUGAUCAGAAAAACGUAUCAAUUGCCUUUUCCACAAUAACCGGAAAUACGUAAUCGAUGCGGAAGUGGACUUCCUGUCAAGCGUCAACAGAUCAGGAGAAAAUGGAUCCGAGACCCUGAGUGAGUCUUCACAACUUCGCUCACAGAUUUACCUACAAUUACUUAAUUAAUAUCUGCUGACGUUGCAAGACUGGUGGAGGAAAACUCCGUAAACAAAAAAAAAAGAAAAUAAAUAAAGGCGUCGCAUAAUCCUGGUCCAGUUUUAAAGUUGUCUUUGCUAUUUCUUUUAUCUCAACUCCUACAGACGUCAGCUACUGAACACCCCGUUUUCCUUUAGUGGUGACAUAUUUCAAGGGAAAAGGCCUAGAGACAACCAUAGGUACGCUACAAUAACUCGUUGCUUGCGCCAUUUGUUUACCGCCGUUGCCAUGACCAGACAGGAAGAAGAUCACCAUGACGAUUGCGUAUUUCCGGUAACGAAUAACGGAAGUUGUAUGAAAGGUCUUUUAAAAGUCUAAAUUUUGGUUUGACAUCCAUCUCACUUCCUCUAUCGAUUUGUAAAGUUAGAACACAUCAGACCAGUUUAUUUUAAAUUACACCAGAAAGUGUGUUGUAGACAGGAGAAUGGCCAUGACAAGUUCAGCAACGGGCAGAUCGAUACUACGGUCACAAAUACGAUUAAACAGUACAAUUUCUUUUGAUGAAUUGUCAUCUUGUUUUACUGUGAUUGCAAGUUUCUCACUCAAGAGCACAGGUCUUUUUCUUAGUGUGCCAUCGGACGGGAUCAGUUAAAGUAAUUAUGUAAAAUUCUGUACUUUUGUACUUUUUUUCAUUUACUACACAAAGAAAAUCUCUAUCAAAAUGUACAAAGUAACAAUUCUACUGUGUUAGUAUUUUUUAUUUCAUUUAGAUAUUUAUUUGUUAUUAAAUUGCUAUGAUUGUC